AUGGAAACAUUUCGGGUCCCGGGAGAAGUGAAGAAGGGAGAAAGGAAUGAAUUCUGGCAUUUUAACCGACACUUAUCUAUCUAUCUAUCUAUCUAUCUAUCUAUCUAUCUAUCUCAGCCUUUUCAUUAUCUAUCUAUCUAUCUAUCUAUGUUCAUAUCUAUCUAUCUAUCCAUAUUUAUGUUCAUAUUCUAUCUAUCUAUCUAUCUAUCUAUCUAUCUAUUCAUAUCUGUCUACCUAUCUAUCUAUUCAUAUUUAUAUUCUGUUCAUAACUAUUUAGCCAUUCAUAUCUAUCUAUCUGUCUAUGUUCAUAUCUGUCAAGCUCUAUAUCUAUCUAUCUAUCUAUCUAUCUAUCUAUCUAUCUAUCUAUGCCUGUUCAUAUCUGUCUACCUAUCUAUGUCUAUUCAUAUCUAUAUAUAUUCUGUUCAUAACUAUUUAGCCAAUUCAUAUCUAUCUAUCUGUCUAUGUUCAUAUCUGUCAAGCUAUCUAUCCAUAUUUAUGUUCAUAUAUUCAUAUAUCUAUCUAUCUAUCUAUCUAUCUAUCUAUCUAUCUAUUCAUAUCUGUUCAUAUCCUAUCUCUAUGUCUAUUCAUAUCUAUAUAUAUUCUGUUCAUAACUAUUUAGCCAAUUCAUAUCUAUCUAUCUGUCUAUGUUCAUAUCUGUCAAGCUAUCUAUCCAUAUUUAUGUUCAUAUAUUCAUAUCUAUCUAUCUAUCUAUCUAUCUAUCUAUCUAUCUAUCUAUCUAUCUAUCUAUGCCUCCAAUUCAUAUCUAUCUAUCUAUGUUCAUAUCUGUCAAGCUAUCUAUCCAUAUUUAUGUUCAUAUAUUCAUAUCUAUCUAUCUAUCUAUCUAUCUAUCUAUAUGUCUGCUCAUAUCUAUAUACCUAUCUAUCCAUUUCUGUACAUUUAGCCAAUUCAUAUCUAUCUAUCUACAUAUCUAUGUCUGUUCAUAUUUAUCUAUAUACCUAUCUAUCACUUUCUGUUCAUAUGUAUUUAGCCAAUUCAUAUCUAUCUAUCUAUCUAUCUAUCUAUCUAUCUAUCUAUCUAUGUCCGUUCAUAUCUAUCUAUCUAUCUAUAUAUAUAUAUAUAUAUAUAUAUAUAUUUAUGUUCAUAUAUUUAUAUCUAUCUAUCUAUCUAUCUAUCUAUCUAUCUAUCUAUCUAUCUAUCUAUCUAUCUAUCUAUCUCUCUCACAUACUCCAAAUCAUUUUCGCUCCGCCAACUUUUACAAGUACACCAGGUGCUGACCAAACAUUAAAUUCCUACCCACUCCCCAUCGCCCCCCCCCACAAUCGAACAGUUAAGCGAACAUCGCUUAAACCGAAGAGUAUGGUCCGAUUCUAUCUUACUUUCGUUAAAAAAAAAAUCCUUUCUAAUGUAUUUAUUAUAAGGAAGUGCCUGCCCUCUUUUGCCAUGCUUCAUUCUUUAAGUUCACUUCUUGCCUUAUUCCGCACCCUCUGA